CACGUCGAGAUGGAGCCGAUGUUCAGUCCGCCGCUUCACAGGCAAAGACACCAGUUUGUAAUUGAUUUUGUGAAAAGAAACAAAUCCAAAAAGGUGGUGGACCUCGGCUGCGGUGAGUGCAGCCUUCUCAGAAAACUGAAGUUUCACCGUGAAGUUGAGCUGCUGGUUGGAGUGGACAUCGAUGGUGCCAAAGUAAAGAAACGCAUGCAUGACUUAGUUCCUAUAUCAACUGACUAUCUGCAGCCGACUUAUGAUCAGCUGUGCAUUGAGCUGUACCAGGGAUCUGUAACGCAGAGUGAUUCCCGCCUCAGAGGAUUUGAUCUAGUGACCAGUAUAGAGCUCAUAGAGCACCUCACUCUUCCUGAUGUGGAGUACUUCUCUGAGGUGGUAUUUGGUUACAUGACCCCGGUUGCUGUUAUUGUCAGCACCCCAAACUCUGAGUUCAAUCCCCUUCUCCCUGGACUCAAAGGUUUCAGGCACACUGACCACAAGUUCGAGUGGACUAGAGCAGAGUUCCAGUCCUGGGCUCUUAAGGUGUCUUUGAAGUAUGGCUAUGAGGUGGAGUUCACUGGUGUUGGAGAGGCACCGACAGGUCACGAUGAGAGAGUCGGCUUCUGCUCCCAGAUUGGUGUGUUUCACCGGCUCAUGGGGAGAGAUGGCUGCAACAUUUUGUUUGCUGGUGAUGCCAUUGAUGUGUUUUCAUACACGCUGCUUUACAGUAUAAACUACCCCAGCCUGCAUGAUAACAACAUCUUGCGGAGGGUCCUGGUGACUGAGGUGUUGUACUGGGCAGAGAACCUGAGGAGAAGAUGGAUAGAGGAGAAGACUGGGGAGAGGGAUGAUUGUUAUACACAGUGCCAGGCUGAAGGAGGGGACCAAUGUCCUGGAUCUUCAGAGCAGGACAUGGAGAUGCAGGAGAAGCAGACGGCACAUGGAGCAGAGAUGAACCAUCUGAUGGAGCACCGUGGCAGAGCAUUGUUAGAAUAUCAGGCAGGAGAAGGUGACGAGGAGUUUUGGACAAAAGGCAAAGGAAAACAGGAGUCUAGCACAUUGCAAAGGAGUGUGUCUGUCCCUCUGGCUGUGCUGUGGACAUCCUGUCCCAAAGUCGGUGCCCUGAGUGGAAGUCUCAGUAACCUCAGACGCCUGUUGAUGGAUGGUCCCGAAGUGAAACUGAGCCAGGAUGGCUCUGCUCUGCUUGUAAAUCUUCAAGAACAGGACCUUGAAGAAGAAGAAGAAGAGGGAUCAGAAUGAUCUGGAGGACAGCGGAUAUGCUGGGGUCAGCCAGUGUUUCCACAGUGCUGAGCAAGAGGAAGACUGGGAGACAAAUGUUUGAUCUGGAGGAUACAGGACAAGUAGGUGACAUCUUCAAAUUUACCAAGCGAACUCAUGAGUGAACUUCACUUGGAUGCUACUGGACAUCACAAAAUGUUCUAACAAAUCCGUGAAGAGCUGGCUCUUGGAUUUGUUAAGUGGCUUUUUUUUUUUUUUUACUGCAACUUUGUUUUUCUGUAAGAAUUAAAGUGUCACCUCUGGCCUCUACAACACGAGU